GAGUCUGAGGCACCCACACACCUGCUUACCUCCCAGGGACAGACAAGCCAAAAGCCGCUCGUCGCAGUCAUGAGGGUGUUUGUUGUACUAGCUGUUGCGGUGCUGUCUGGCUGUCAUGCCAACUUCUUCAUUGCCGAUGCACCCAAGCCACAGCUGGAAGUGCUAACAGAUGCUUUCUGGGACUACAUUGCCAAGGCCACCGAAACAGCUGAUGACACCCUCCAGAUGAUCAGGAAAUCCCAGUUUGGACAGGAAAUCAAUCUCCGCCUGGCAGACAGCACUGACAUAGCCAGCAAGUAUGCAGUCACCCUGCAGGAGCAGCUUUCCCCUGCAGCCCAGGACCUGAUGACCAAGAUCACAGCGGAGGCCGAUGAGCUGAGAAAUGUGCUGACUCAGGAGCUGAGCACCGUCCGGGAAAAGCUGGAGCCCUACACCGAGGAGAUGAAGAUCCAGAUCCAGCAGAGGGUGGAGCAGCUGAAACAGGAGCUGGCCCCCUACGCCGAGUCCGUGGACUCCGAGGCCCUGAGGGCCAUGCUGAUGCAGAAGAGUGAGGAGCUGAAGACCAACUUGGAGCAGAGUAUGAAGGAUCUGCAGGCUCAGCUGGUGCCUUACACCGAUGACCUGAAGUUGAAGGUGGACCAGCACCUGCAGAACUUCAAGGAGAGUGUGGCGCCCAUGGCUGAGAAGGUCCAGGUUGAGCUGACCCAGAGAGCUAAUGUGGUGAAACAGAUGGUAGCCCCCUAUGCUGAGGACAUGAGGCAAAAUCUGGACCCCUACGCUCAUGACCUCCAGGCCCAGCUCAUGAGCCUCUAUGAAUCUUUUGUCGAAAGAAUCUAAGUCAACCUCAACACCUGCUCCACCGUGAACCAAGACGCCAGCUUUGUUUGGUUUUUAAAGCAUGAAAUGUCUGAAUUGUAUAAACGAUAUUAAACUAAUAUAGAGGUGCAAAGCAAACCUCUGCACUCGUCAAUGAUGUAAAUACGAUUGUGUUGUGAACUUGGUGACUGUAAUGUGCUUUUUUGUCAUUUCUGUAACACACAUAAAACACAUACAAAGAAGAA